AUGAGGAAACUAAAAUAUCAUGAGCAAAAAUUGCUCAAAAAAACUAAUUUUUUUGAUUGGAAAAACGUUAAUGCUCGUCGUGAAACUAAAAUUAUCAAUAAAUACAUGAUACAGAAGCCUGAAGACUACCAUAAGUACAAUAAAUUGGUUGGAAAUAUAACUAAAUUAACGAAUGAAUUGAGAAAGUUACCUGAAGAUGAUGCCUUCAGGAUUAAAAUGACUGAUGAUUUAUUAGAAAAAUUGUAUCAAAUGGGAUUAAUAUCGACAAAAGGAAAUUUGGAGAUUUGUGAACGCCUCUCUGCCUCUGUCUUCUGUAGAAGAAGAUUAGCUGUAGUAUUGGUUACAAGAAAAUUUUGCCAACAUUUAACUCAAGCGAUAACAUUUAUCGAACAAGGCCAUCUAAUGUAUGGAAUAGAUAUAAAGGUUGGAAUGGAUAUAGUUAAUAACCCAGCAUAUCACAUAACAAGGAAUAUGGAAGAUCACAUAACAUGGUCACAGGGAUCCAAGAUUAAGGAGAAAAUCGCAGAAUUCUCAGGAACGACCGAUGAUUUUGAAUUAUUAGGCAAUUAA